GCUCAUGCCUUUGAUCAUGGCUUAUACUACAUACAACUGCGCUUUUUCAUCAUUGUGAAAGCCGAUUUGACUUCGUUAAUCCAGUGUGUCUUUGAUUUUUAUUUUUAUUUUUAUUUUUCACUUUUGAAGAAAAUUUUAAUCUCCUGGCUGGGAGAAGAUACUUUCACCUGUUUUGAUCUUCUUCGAUUCGAUGUGAUCCCUCCAACACAAAGCUCUCGCGAAAAUCCUCCACCGUCGAUUCUCCUCUCUCCCUCUCCGUUGAUCUGCGGUUGUCUCGCCGGAACAUUACGAUAUCAGAAGCUUGGUAGAUAUUUAUUUUUAUGAAGGGACGAGAUUGAUUGAUGAUGCUUUGUGGUUCUCUGCGAGAUCGAAUACAGCCUUGGCUUCGCGACUACGUUAAGCUCCAAUCUCUCGCCGUCUUCCUCAUUUACAUCCAGAUUGGCUGCGCCCUAAUCGGAUCACUAGGAGCAUUAUACAACGGCGUCUUACUGAUCAACUUAGCGAUUGCGUUAUUCGCGCUUGUGGCAAUCGAAAGCAACAGCCAAAGCCUCGGCCGCACCUACGCCGUUCUCCUCUUCUGCGCUCUUCUCCUCGAUAUCUCGUGGUUCAUCCUCUUCACCGAAGAGAUUUGGAGCAUAUCGGUGGAGACGUAUGGAACCUUGUACAUAUUCUCAGUGAGGCUGACCAUGGCCAUGGAGAUGAUUGGCUUCUUUGUGAGGCUCUCUUCCUCUCUCUUGUGGUUUCAGAUUUACAGGCUGGGAGCUUCUAUUGUCGACACUUCUUCUUCGCUUCCCCGUGAAACGGAUUCUGAUUUGCGGAACAGCUUCUUGAAUCCACCGACUCCUGCUAUAAUAGACAGGCAGUGUUCAGGUGCUGCUGAAGAGAUCUUGGGUGGUUCUAUCUACGACCCUGCCUACUACACCUCUCUUUUUGAAGACGCAGAGGCCCAAUCCAAUUUGAAUUCACCAAAGGUAACACAGGUGAAUCAUUAUUCAGCUGAGUACAAUGGAUCACCAUCUGCUGCAGAAGCCUCCCGGAUUAAGUCCCCCGGAUCCAGAUCAUUGCAUGCAAUUGAUGAAGAGAAAGGGUUGAAGCAACAGGUGAUAUCUUCAUCAUCACUAUGAGCAAACUCCAUUCAAGAACGGUGGUGCUGUUUUAGCAUCUAAACAAAGAAGUGCCUGCUUCGCAUUAGCUGAGGUUAGAGGAUUCGAAGACAUGAGAUAAUCUCCAUGUUAUUUAUAAAGGAUAAGAAGAUUAUAUACCACCUCCCAGAAGAUGAGACUCUACAUGUAGACGACAAGUAAGCAUAGUUCCUACCUGCUUUUUUCAUUAUUUAUUUUGUAUGGAAAUAUUUAUUUUUGGGGGUGGGGGUGUCUGUGGUUAGAAUUAGAGUCAGAAAGUGUACUUUGAUGCAUCAUAUUGAUUCUCCGGGUUUUUUCUUUUGUGUAAAUGGAGAUACAUUUGUUUUGGUUGCAAUGGAUAGAGAGUAUGAUGAUUCUGACAUU